AUGUUCAGCGAAAUGAGAGAAGCACUCGGAAUCGAUCGCUCCAUCGACAUCCUCCAGCACAUCCGUGAACUCCCAACCGCAGACCAAGCCAUAGCUGUAUCCAAGGUGCAAGCAGUAGAGCGCCGAGCUAUGGCUCACCAGCAGCCACAGCCCGGCCUGGUUCGUUUAAUGGACUAUCUUGAAUCGCGCGGCUUACGACGGGCGCUCUGCACGCGCAACUUCGAAGCACCAGUCCAGAACCUGAUUAACAACCAUCUUGACGGUCAUGUCUUCCUACCAAUCAUCACACGCGACACGCCUAAUCUCCUGCCGAAGCCUGAUCCAGCCGGCAUUUUGCACAUUGCGAGUGCAUGGGGUCUCCCUAAUGGGGAGAAUUUGAUUAUGGUUGGUGAUAGCAUUGAUGAUAUGACGGCUGGGCAUUUGGCGGGCGCUGCGACAGUGUUACUUUUGAAUGAGCGGAAUGUGCAUUUGAAGGAACAUCCGCAUACGGAUCUUUGCAUUAAGCAACUGGAUGAUCUGGUCGGUAUCCUGGAGGUCGGGUUUGCCGGGACUAGAGAGAAUGAUGAGCACGGCGCGUGA